AUGGGAGAUAGGGACAAAGGCUAUGGUGUUGCGGGUCCGUCGUCCCUUGGGCGACGCGCGGCGGGCGGCUGCGUCUGCCGGCAUCGGCGCGCCGCGUUCGACGACCUGCCGUCUCAAGGCCGCUCUUACACGUGCCACCGGCCGCUUCCUGCCGCCGCCAUAACAAACCUCUCCCCUCUCCACCACCCCGUUUUAUUUCACCCGGAGACACAAAAAUGUUCCCAAUCCUCGAUUCUGGGUAUCGCUUUC